CGCUGCCUCUAGAAGAGGGCUAUGGCCAUUGUUUCGCUCCUGGUCUUUCCCUCCUUCCUGCCCGUCUGAUUAAUUUAAGCACCGCACAGUUUUCAAAGCACGGCGAAAUGGCUGAGAUGGGCAAGGGAGUCACUGCCGGGAAAAUAGCCAGCAAUGUACAGAAGAAGCUCACCAGGGCCCAAGAGAAGGUCCUUCAGAAGCUUGGCAAAGCUGAUGAGACAAAAGAUGAGCAAUUUGAGCAGUGCGUGCAAAACUUCAACAAACAACUGUUUGAAGGCUCCAAGCUGCAGAAGGACCUCCGGACAUACUUGGCGUCAGUAAAAGCAAUGCACGAGGCUUCCAAGAAACUGACAGAGUGUUUGCAAGAAGUGUAUGAGCCGGAGUGGCCUGGUAGAGAUGAGACUAACAAAAUAGCAGAGAACAAUGAACUGCUGUGGACUGACUUCCAUCAGAAGCUGGUGGAUCAGGCAUUGCUAACGAUGGACACCUACCUUGGCCAAUUCCCUGACAUAAAAUCUCGCAUUGCUAAACGGGGAAGGAAACUCGUGGAUUAUGACAGUGCCAGGCAUCAUUAUGAAUCUCUACAGACUGCAAAGAAGAAAGAUGAAGCCAAAAUUGCCAAGGCCGAAGAAGAGUUAGUAAAAGCUCAGAAGGUAUUUGAAGAAAUGAACAUUGAUCUUCAAGAAGAACUGCCUUCACUGUGGAAUAGCCGUGUUGGAUUUUAUGUCAACACAUUCCAGAGUAUUGCAGGCUUAGAGGAGAACUUCCAUAAGGAAAUGAGCAAGUUGAACCAAAACUUGAACGAUGUCCUUGUGAGUCUAGAGAAAGAGCAUGGAACCAGCACCUUUCCUGUUAAAGCUCAGCCAAGAAAGAAAACUAAACUGUUCUCCAGACUGAGGAAAAAGAUGAGCAGUGACAGUACCCCUGCAAAAGCAAACAAAACCCCCUCAUCUCCACCUGAUGGGACUCCCAUCACUAGCCCUGAGACCAAGGCAAUCAACCAUGAGCCAGAGCCGUCCACCCUGGAAACACCUGGGGGAGGCAUCCCUAAGUCUCCGUCUCAGUUGAGGAAAGGCCCUCCCGUGCCGCCACCUCCAAAACUCACUCCGUCCAAGGAGAUGAAGCAGGAGAACAUCAUCAACCUGUUUGAUGACAAUUUUGUCCCAGAGAUCAGUGUGACAACCCCCUCACAGUUUGAUGCCCCUGGGCCCUUCCAGGAGGGAGCCAGCCUGUUGGAUCUGGAUUUUGAUCCCAUUAAGCCAGAUAACAGCCCUGUAGGGAAGUCACCCACACCUGCAGCUCAGUCUUUGCCUUGGGAUUUAUGGGAGCCUGAAAAGACACCCUCUAGCAGCGUACAAUCUAUGGAUCAGUUUCCUGCUGAUAAUCCUAGCAAUAGUGAAUUCGUGGUGGACUGGCCCAGCCAGGCCACCGAGACAGAGGUCAGCCAAUCCACAGAAGAUGCUGCUGCUGGUGCUGAGGCAGCAGGCAAAGAAGCUGGAGCUGAAGCAGCUAAAACCGAAACUGACUCAGGAUCUGCCUCAAGUUCUCUGCCUGCUGUAGUUGUGGAGACUUUUCCAGCCACAGUCAAUGGAACAGUUGAAGGUGGAGCCCCCCCUGAGAGGGCUGACAUGCCACCAGGUUUCCUGUUUAAGGUACAAGCCAUGCAUGACUAUACAGCCACUGACAACGAUGAGCUGCAGUUGAAGACUGGGGAUGUUGUCUUGGUGAUUCCGUUUGAUAAUCCUGAAGAGCAGGAUGAAGGAUGGCUGAUGGGUGUGAAAGAAUCUGAUUGGCUGCAGCACAAAGAAUUUGACCAAUGCCGAGGAGUUUUCCCAGAGAAUUUCACAGAACGAGUGCAGUGAAGUCCUGGAGCUGCUAGGUGGCUUCUCUGCAACAGAAAGCAAGAAGUCUUUGUUUUCCCUCUGGGAAAAAUCUGAAAAAAGGAGAAAAUUUUAAAGGAACAAAAGCCUAACAGUUGUGUUCUUCACAGAAAACAAGGGUUUUAGAAGUACAUUGAAUUCAAAGAGUUAUUAUCAAAUAUAUAGGUAAUAAAGAAAGGCAGGUUGAAAAUAUCCUUUUUCCUUUUGAUUUGAACAGUGUUGCUACUAAGAUGGUUGUUAACCAAGGUGGCUGAGCAAUUUUGUGUAAAAUGAAAUUAGAGUGUGCAGCAUCAUGAGCCAUGAAACUGUCAACUUUCCUGAAACUACAUACUCAAGUUUACCUUGUGGGAAGGUGAGGUCAACCUGUCUUGUGGCUAAGGUUACUUAUGUGGCAUCCCUCAGAGUUCUGACCUUGCAGUUAUUCAGACCUGCAGUGAUACGCCCAAUGCCUGUCAUGCUAUUGAAAAGAAAUACGUAGUGUACAGUGUUCGCAAAUUAAAAUUAUAUAUGUGUGUGUGUGUGUGAGUGUGUUCUUCCCUUUGGAAAAUGUAACAAGAACUGUGAUUUUAUACAUUUAAAUGCAGAGUUACCUGGGAGUGCAUAUCAGACAGAAUAAUUAUGAAGCUGCCCAAAUCCAAAGCUCCUUCAGCCAUGUGAUUGUUGAAUAUAUUACAUUGGCACAUGCUACUUUGAGCCCUUAAAAGAAAACUAAAAGCUCCUUUUUAUAUAAAAGGUUGUUAUAAUUUUGUUUUUAAAAAAGAAUCUUUUACUUAGCUGGGAAUGUGUGGCAGGAAAAUUGGGGGAAGAAAAGUUAUUAUUUUUGUUUACAGUUGGAGAAUUCUGCAGACAAAAUUUCUAUUCACCUGUUUCAUCCCAUGGACAGAGGGCAGUAGGUUGGGCAGCCUGAGCUGCAACAAUGCACAGUGAUUUCAACAAUGCCAGUUAAUGUUCCAUUAUAAUACCAAUUACAUAUGGUUGUGGCAAUUUAAAACUGGCUCUGAGUUAGGUGAGAUGCAUUUUAGGAGGAUGCAGAGGUGAGGUGAGUGGAUCCUAAUGUUACGCCUGUUUUCUCUGUUCUGCUGUGCAUAAGCACUCUGACAAAGGUAGCUGUUCAUGGAAUAGCAAUAUUUCCCCUGCUGCUACACCCCUGUAACUAUCUGGCACUAUGGGCAGUUGCCAUUUGCAAAAAGAAAAAGCCUUCUUAUGCCACACUUGCUAUACUUCAUGUGCUUGCCAGUGCAAUGGCUCAUGGGAUCAGGAGGGGAAAUGAAAGAAAUAAGGAUUUAUUUUAAAAAUAUAGCUAGUUUAUAUUUAUUCCCUUUAAAUCACAGCAGUGCAAACUGGAGGUGGUGUUCCUUUAUGUUUUCCCAUAGAACCCUGAAAUCCCUAAAGAGAAGGCAGGAAAAGAAGGCAAACUUGUCCUGCCUCCUUCUCCUGCAAUAUACAACCACAGAAGAAUUUGGGAGAUGUUCUGAGGUGCCCUCUCAGUUUAUUCUGGGCAACUCUGAGGUCUAACAUGCUCCAUUUGAACUGAAUGUCAAGGAAUAUGACCCAGAAUCCUCUACAAUGCCGAAAUAUCACAUGGUAGAGGCAGAAUAAAGUUCUCCUAGCAGAAUAUUUGAAACAAUUGAUCUAAUAUGUACUGGGAUUCUUACUGUUUUUAUCACUCAUGUUUGUUAGUUGUGUUGCAUAUUGUUAUAAGCAAUCAAGUUACUAGGCAGCUUUCAAAGUGAACAAUGGUCCUAUCAAAAGCAAGAGGUUUCUUUGCCCAUAACUGACUUCCCAAACGAUAAACUUUACUUGAAUGAUGGAUGUGGCUAGUGAGUGCUUCAUAUUCUUUUGUGGAAAUGUUUGUUUGUUUCCAAGUUGCUCUUUGGCUUUUUUCUUUUUUCUUUUUUUAAAUCGACUUGAAGGGAUUCCUCUAGGACAGGCUUCCUCACAUUGCAGUGGCAUAUGAUGUGGGAUUGCUGCAUUUAAGAAUUUUAUAAAAUAUGAACUGCUUUUAGCAAAGCAUGGUAAAUCAAGAUAGAUGACUAAACAGCUUAGCAAUUCCCUUACUUGUAGAACACUGAGUGUCUGGGAGAGAGAAAGCAGAUAGCCCUUUGCUACAGGUUGUAAGAUAGGACUUCAACCAUACUCAGUAAAAAGUAAAUGGUGCAAUUUUGUAUUUUAUUAUGGAUGUGAAUCACCAUCAGAAUCACUGCACAGUCAUCAAUGUAUGCAGUGCCAAGGGCUUUGGAGAAGGCUGCGUGUGUGUGUGUUGUUUGGUUACAGAUGUCAAUGCAUCCAUUAUAAUCCAUCCGCCUGUCUUUAGUGGAAUGACUCCAGUUUUUACAGCAGUGUAAUGAAGAUGCAGAUCUGUUCUGUCUCAAAGUGGCUUUUCUACAAAAUCACUAUGUUCUGGCUUUGGUGAUGCUCUCAACCAAGCAUGUGUUGUUUAAAGUCUUCUGUAUUCUAGAAUUGUCAUCUUCUCCAGUUCCACCCACUGCAAGGUUGUAAGUUACUGCAUUGUUGCUCUUGUAGAUCCAUAUUCUCACAUUAUUCACGGCGUCCCCCAAACUCUAUUUUUAUGCAUUUUAACCCAGUUUGUCAUCUAUCUAAGGACAAUGUUGGGAGGCAUAUAUAAAGAAAUAUAAAGUAAAACAUGUUUACCCGGUAUGGAAAAUCUCAAUAUAAUAUCUAUUUUUAUGGGGGGGGGGGGAGAUAUGGAUUUUUAAAAAGAUGUUGAGAUUAUUAUGAUACAAAACAUUCAUAAUGUGAUGAUGCCUAAAUACUCAUUUUUUGAACAGUAGGUGUAUUUGGAAGUUAUGCUGAUUGCUAAUUCAUUGUUUUCGAUAUGGCUUAUAUUUUUUGGAGUGUGUAUGUGUGUCUGAUUUUCAGGCAAGUGUUACAAAACUUUUCCAUUCAACUCUUCACUUUGUUAUGGAAAAGCAACCAUCCAGUAUUGUACUGUGUCCUUAUUGAUGCUGUGUUCUGAUGCUGUACAAAUUGGUAUAGCUCUUCACCUUUGCAAUCACAGUGGUGAGUUUGUAGUUUUCAGGUCUCUCAUUAAAUUUUCUUCAGUUGCUGUAACAGAAAAUAUGGUUUGCUUCACUGAUCUCUAUUUGCUUCUGAAGAAAGUUGCUCUGUUAAGAGGGAAUAAUUCAGUUGACAAUAAAGAUGGAACCCCUACAGCUUGGAUCUUGCACAAGGUGUAAAUGCAAGGGUCAGUGAAGUUAUUGAAUGGGCAUGGGAUGGAGGUCUGGGACCAUAGUAUAGUAAAGUUGGGAUGACGAUGUAACAGGCAGAUAGAGGGGGUAACAGGCAGUGCAAACAAGUAGAUCUUCUGAACCAUUUGUAUUUGAGCUUAGGGGGAAAAAUCCCAACAACUUUGAAACAAAUCACAAACAUAAAGAACAGCAUAUUCAUUUACGCUACAAAUUUAUACUGGAAUUAUACCACUUUUAACUCAAUUAAAAUUGGGUUUUGUAAUUAUAUAAAGGUAGAACAAAGUUUUAAAGAAAUCUAUCCUUUUCCUACCCCCAGCUAAAGUUCCAAGGACUCCCUGAAACAACUGAAUGACUAUUAAAGUAGUUUAGUCUGUGGUGUAUAAAACCAACAGGCUACUUUGAAACCUGGUAUAAGUUUUACUGGAGUUGAAUGUGCCUUAUCAGAAACUCUAGAAAUAAAAGAGAAAAAAAAUUCAGUGUGUGUGUUUUACCUUGAGUUGUUAAAAGUAAUGUGAAGAUUAAUUCAGCAGCCUUCAGUCAUAUUAAAAUCUGUUUUAUACUAUAUACAGACUGAAUUGUAACAUGACUGAACUGAUUUUUUAAAAAAGAUUUUUCUUUUUCUCUUAAUAGUUUUCUGUCAUCUGUAUUACAAGUUUAUAUGCUGCUUGGCCCACUUCAAACAUGAUGGAUUUAAUGAAGUGAUAGCCAUUCCACGUAGGAAAUUCCAUAUACACCAUAUGCAUACUGUUAUAUAUGAUGAGCACACGUCUCUAUUGCCAUCUGAACCUGCUGUGGGAUACUCCCACAAGCGUCACAUUUCUAUGGAGAAAGGGACACACAUGCUUUUGUCACAAAUACUGGUGCAUAUAAGAUUUCGUAAGCAGAAAUGAUAGCAAUUUAAGAAAUGACUAUGUGUGAAAGCGAUCCUAUGGUUCUGCUCAGUUCAAAGGUGUUAGAAGAUAGUGAUUAUUGAUAGGAAAAUUAUGAAUCUGAAUUCCCUUUUGAAGAAUUCCUUAGUGAUUAUUUUAAAAAACAAAAGCUUAGAUUAUUUGUGGUCCAAGAUUUUGCUAGAGAUGGUCAUAUACUCAGUAGAAUAUGCCUAAAUGCACUGAUCUGUCUCAAAAAGUCAAUUGCAAUGCUGGAAUUGUGUCUGUUCUUGGUGGGGAAUAGAGGUGGAGGAGACAGGAACCAUGUUGCCAUUAUUUCAGACAUCUCAGGAUGAAAUGUAUCCUUGCUUGCUUCAACUUUUUUUCAUUGGAAUAAUGCUGACAACAUUGUGGGACAACGUUGAGCUGUUACCUGCUCCUGCAGGAUCAAGGGAGAGGGAUGUGGGGGUAUAGUUACUGUUAUCAGAUGGAUGUAGUUCUUUAAUUUCCAGGUGGUGGCAGUAAACUUGCACCAGAUAGAUGGCAUGUUAGUUACUGUUUCAGAAGGUUUAAAAGGAGAGUUGGCCUUCAUAACUCAGUUUAGGGUUGGGAUUGAGCUUGUAAAUUUCAUUGAUUCCACUCAUAAUUUGAGUAUUGGUAAUGUAGGGGAACAGCAUAAAAGUCUGUAGAAGCAUAAGGCAACUAGUUUGUGCAUUCAUCCAAUAUUUACCCACAUCCUCAGUAGUGGGCAUUUUCAGGGUUUAAAUUUCAUAGUGCAUAGAAUGCUAAAUUUGCAACUUAUCCUGUUCCAAGUUCCCAAACUGAGAAAAGCCAGAGACAUUAGAUAAUGUACCCUUAUUUUCUUCGGAUAGUACUUCAGUACUAGGAAUCUAGACUGAGGGUUUUUUGUAAUUGUGAAUAUUUGUGUCAUAUUAAUCUCUCUUGAAAUACUGGUUUUCUUAUGUUUUCCACCAAAUGGGGGCAAAGAAGAAAUAUUGUUAUCACAUGGUGAUGGAUGGUAAGGCCAGGGCUUGAAAGAAAUGCAUUCCUAUGACUUACUGUAGCAUGAUCUAAGAGAAAGGGGAAGUUGUAGGUGCAUUUCUGUCCCUUUUUGUGUUGUGCGUCUGAAGAGUGUGAGGUUACUUUCUGGAGGGUUUUUUUUAAACAUAAAAGGGAAGCUGAUCACUGUCCUCUAUUCUUGCUCAUGUGUUUGACUGUUUUCAUGGAAUACUGACAGUCAUCAUAUGAGCAGUAGAAUUAAUAUAUAUUUGGGGUAAGAUGUGGCUUUAUUUUGGUAAAGUAGUUAAGCGACUAUUGCAACGUGCUAACUACCUUUUUGGACUCACUGAAUUCUAAGGAAAAGAGAGCUUCAGAUUUGCAAAAGAAGUCUCCUUUUAAAAGGGUCUGUGACUUCGCACAAUUUGAUUCUAACAUCAGAUUCUAAAAUGAGGUUAAGGUGAUGGAUAGAUUUGAGUGGAAAUUUGAGGCGUUAAUGUGGCAAGCUGAGGCAGAUUUUAUAAAGAUAUUUAAUUGUUUUGAAAAGGUAAGGCUGGUCCUCCUCUUUCAAGGGACACCCCAAUUUGCCAUAUAUUUGAAAUUUCCCAGUUGCUAGCUGAUUAUAAUAUUUUAAAUACGUUAAAUAAAUCCAGCAAAGUCAUGGUUCAGCUGUACAGAAUAACUGGAAGACCUUCCAAGGAACCAUAUGUUCAGAAAGGAGCAUGGUUGGUUGGCAUCUUCACCUCCCCAUAAUUAAACAAGCCACUCUUCUGCAGGGCCAUACACAUUCAGAGCUGGAUACUAUGCUCUGUAGGGAUACUUAAGUUGGCCUGAAGUCUGUAAGAGGACAGAAUCUCAUUGAGCAGAUGGUACAAAGAACAAGUAUAGAAAUCCUGCUCUCCUUCUAGCUUCUUGGCCAAGUAUUGGCACAAACUCCCUGGUGGAGCUUACCUAUAUGGAGAAUGCUCCAGUAUGUAGGCAGUUUGGUUGGAAUCAGGCUGGUAACAUUUAUGCAUGUUAACUACUGAUAAUCAGCCACACACUGCAUUGGUAAAAAGAAAUUGGGGAAAAAAUACUUCUGAGGAUGAACCUACAUGACAUUGAAUGCCAGAUUAAUGUAGCACCAGCUUUCCAUUAUGGUUAACCGCACUGCUCACAAAUCAAGAAGAAAAUAUUACCAAAUAGGGCACAUUUCCUGCUAAACAAGGUCCUAUUCAUUUGCUCCAGGUGAGCAGUUUAAGUAUAGAAGAUUCUGGAUUCCUCAUCUGCCCAAUGCUCUGCUGGACAGAGUGUAACCUUGGAAGGUUCUGGUCUGGGCAGUGUUUUGGAAUUGCAGGAGCUCUGCAAAUGCUCUGAGCAUCACAAAGUGAGUUGUCAUAUGUCACAUUAUCUACUGAUGCUCUAGAGAUAGAGUUUCCCAUUCAUUUGGAAAUGAUACUUCAUUUUCAAGGUGCUUUGAAGGUGCCUUUUGAAGUAUUGAUGGGAGUGAGUUCUUUGCCUCUGUUCACUUGCUACGGAGGGAGAGAUGAGGUGUUACAAUUUAAAUUGUGGAUUUUGAAUGUUAGUGAAUGGAACAAUGGUAUAGAAGUGUUUUGCUAGCCGAAGUUGACUGGACCAGACAUUUUUGUGCCAUUGUAGUUUAGGAAUUGGCCUGAAUGUCUCCUCUCUCAACAAGAUUUCUUGGGCAACAAGUAAGAUGAAACUGUAUUCAAACACUAUCCUCAAAAGCAGACAGCCACAGCUCUUUCAAACAUCAUACCUGAAUUUUUACCAUAAUAAUGCUGGGAAAUAAGGGUAUUUUGCCUUUCUGUAUUUGCCAUGGAGUGGGAAAAAAGAAUACUUAUUUUGAGGUUCUCUGCCUAUGUAAUUCUUUCUGCUGCAGAUACAACUAACUUGAGCUCUGUAUUCUGGUUGAUGGAACCUUCCUGUCUUAUCUGAGGCUUGCUGGAUGCUGUCCCCUCUUUCCAAUAUAACUCACUGACCCAUUCUCUGUAUUUCAAGCAUUAUCAAUUCUUCUGUUGUUUCAGCCACUUAGUUCAACCUUUUUAUUCAAGGAAUACUUAACAUUUGGGGUGGGUUUCCCUUCUUUUACAAAAAGGAAAAAGGAUCCUGGUGUAUUGAGAACUGUGACUUCCACUUUGAGUGAUAUGUACUACAUGAAUUUAUCCCAUAUGUUUGUUUCCCCCUGGAAAUAUUCAGAAAUAUAAUUUGUGUCAUCUUC